UGGCUCUCUCUAUUACUCCCACUAUAUAUAUCAACGUCACCCCCUGAUUAACAGAAAAGUGCCCCAUCAUAAUUCACGAACUGAAUCACCCGUAGAUGCCACCCCUCCUAUCCCCCACUGAGUUUCUGUUGGGUGGAGUAUCAACACAUAGAAAUUAAGAGGAAAAAGCAUUGGAGCCACGGUCCUUCAAGAUUGAUUAUUUCCAUCGGUUCGAAACUACAGAUUAUGAAACAGGGUAGAAGAUGGAAGCCGAAGGUAGUGGACGUUGAAGCAGAGAAGAUCUGCAGGGAUUGCCACACAAGGACUACCCCACUAUGGAGGGCGGGUCCAGAUGGGCCAAGGUCUCUGUGCAAUGCAUGCGGAUUACGAUUCAGAAAAGGAAUGGCUCUUCGAGGGCUGAGUAGUGCAGUGCCACAAAAACGCAAGAAGAGGACUCCGAAUGGUAGAGUCAUGAAGCAGCGCAUGCCGAUUGGAAGGCAGAUGAAGUUAAGAGAGGAAGAAGAAGCCGCCAUAUCACUGAUGGCUCUUUCUUGUGGCUCUACCUACCCACCAGAGCGACACUAGA